CACCUACGUUAUGAUAAUAAGUUUGACAUUUUACCAGUAAACAAAUCAAUAUUCAUUGUAAGGUAACAUUAAUAGUGACACCGAGCGUAGUUGUCGAACCUCAAGAGUCGACAAUGAGUACUGGAUCAGAUUACAAAUUCAGUGAGCCUUUUAAACUUACGAGUCAAAUGUAUGAUGACUAUCACGACAAUGGCUUUCUGAUUAUACGUCAUAUGUUUGAUAAGGACGAAAUAGAUAAAAUUGAGAAAUGUGUCACCUCAGAGAAGUUUAUGGAGAACCGUUACUCGUUAGAAGACAAGGACAAUAAGAUCGUUCGAGUUCAGUGGAAACAUCCGGGUAGUGACAUCACGGGCAUUGCAUCAAGAUCAGAGAAAAUUGUUAACACUUGUGAGAAGUUAUUAGACGGCGAAGUUUAUCAUUAUCAUUCCAAAUUAAUUCUGAAGGACCCUGAGGUCUCUGGUGCAAUAUAUUGGCAUCAAGAUUAUGGAUAUUGGUAUCAUUAUGGAAACCUUUUCCCUGAUAUGAUGACUGUUUGGGUUGCAGUUGAUCCAAGUAAGAAAGAAAACGGAUGUCUAGAGGUUUUAGCAAGAUCUAAUAAAUGUGGACGUUUAGACCAUCAUGUUUAUGAUGGACAAAAUCAGAUUGCUGAAGAAUCUCGACUGCAAUCUAUCAAAGAAAAGUGUCCUCACAUUUACGCUGAGAUGGAAAGAGGCGAUGUACUGUUUCUCCACUCGAAUACAUUGCAUUAUAGCAGUCCUAACAGAAGUAAGAUGAGGAGGCUUGGAUUCUUAAUGUGUUACAACAAGGCAACUAAUGACCCCGUCAUAAAGCAUCACCAUGCUCAGUAUACUCCAUUACAAAAAGUUCCAGAUUCAGCAAUCAAAGAAUGUUCAAACUUUACUGAUUUUUCUGGAAAAGAAUUCGAACAUCCCUCCACAAACACAACGAUGAUCGGUAGAAAAGACUUAUCACACUGAUGUUUACAUUCAGAACAUAGUAAUUGAAUCUCACAGAUGGUUAUCUAUAGUUUUCGGGACAUCUGGAAUAUAUUUAUAUUAAAUACUGAUUAGCUUAAUACAUGUAUUUCUUAAGGAAAGUAAAGUUUCUAAAGAUCCAAAGUUAUUCACUUAUCAAGUUUUAGAUCACAUAGUGGUAUGUCUUUUUUUUAACAGUGUGACUUGAAUUAUAUUUUUACAAUUUUUCACAAUCAUAUAUUAAUUUUUCCUGAUGUAUUGUACGUAUUUGUCUUUGAAAGCUUGAUACUGAAGAUUUUCUACUUAUCCCUUUAAUUUAGUUACAAACAUUUUAUGGAUGUAGUAAAUUAUAUAGUCAGAAAACCAAAAUCAGUAGAAACAUCAAAAGGCAUGACACAUCGUGGAGUUAUAAAAUCCUAAAGCGCAUUAACUACAACUAAAGAUGGAGACCAGGCGUGUCUAAAAUUUACCAAACGACUAUCAUACAAUCUAAGGGUUAUGUCUUAAACCAAGUGUCAACGCCAGGAACUUGACAAAAUCGGUAAAAUGUCAGAUGGGCGUUUAAAGGAAAUUUACAAUUAUUACGAAUAUCGAAAAUGUACAUCUGAUGCAUUAAAAUUGGUACCGUUAAUGUUAUUAUUACCAUAUAAGGGAAAGAGAAACCCUUGAAACAAAAGUAUCUAAAAUUUAUUUAAUUUUAAAAUUAUCAAUAAUCAUAGUCUCUGUUUAAUCAAAGUUCUUUUCAACAGGAUCUUUACAAAUAGUACAGAUGUGUUUUUCUUAUAUUUUUGAAAUGUCUAAAGUUAGAAAUGUACUAAAAAAAAUAUUAAUUAUAUAACAUGCAUUUAACGUGUAUACAGCCUAUUGAUAUUAUAGUUGCAAUUCAAAUAUUUCAUGUAAUAUAAUCUGUUUUAAUAUUUCGAAAUCAUUUUAAUUUAAGAUAUUAUCACCCUCAUAUGCACGUAUAGCUCUGAUUCAUGGUCAGGGUUUGAAUAUACUUUUGAUACUUUGUGAGUUAUCAUCUUUUAAACGUUAGUAUUAGGUUUUGGACCUUCAAAUAUUUAGGCCUCGACAUCACUGAAGUGCACAUCUAGUGCAAUAAAAUUUGUACCGUUAAUGUAAUCACACCCUUUAACGGUCCUCAAAUUCGUGAUAGCGACCGUAGAAUCUGCAAUCGUUUUUCCUUCUUGCUAUAACAGUUCUCAGUUCUUGCAAGUAAACUAGACACGGUCUGUCCGAAUAUCAAUCCACAAUCACACAACUUUAUUAUAGUAGCAUAAUCAGCUCCAAUGCGGGAGGUUGUAAAAUCGAGUCAAAGCCUGAAACCAGAAACUUGAAAAAGUGGUAUUUGCUGCUUCACACGCAGCAUUUAGGAGUAAUAUUAAUAGAAAGACUACUCAACUUUUAGUCAGAAUACUGUGCCCGGGUAGUAUGUAAAAUUAUUCGGUGGACGUUUAGUGUUCACCAACCAGUUAAUUAGUUUAUUAGCAUUUUGGAUUGUUUCUUCUUCACAGAGGAUUAAAUGGUUUACUAUAAACAGCUUAUCAAUUUCUAGUUUCACAAAGAAUAAAAAAUAUAGAAAAA